UUUAGACGACAGUACCAGAGACGGACUAACUGUAGAAACAAGUCCGACUCUAACUGAAUCUUAAUGAUAACGAAUUAGAAACGAAAUUACGUCGGAAACACUUUAUAAAUAUACCACUCUGUUUUCGCUUCACAGCAGGGGGAGGACGGUGGUCGUCGGGGUAAACGGUUUGUUGUAAAAACAAUAAAAUGGCUUCCGGUUCUCCGUCGUCCUCUCCGGACACUGCGACGGGCUCCGGUACGGAUCCAGCCCGGCCCGACACCGGCGAGCCUCUCGGUGGAGCUGGCUCGGAUUCUGACUCGGACUUGGGUUUGAGUAAGUUUGACUGUAGCUCCAUGGAAAUGGGGGAUCAGUUGGAGGGAGAUGAGCUGGAGAGGGAGUUUGAGUCUGCAGCGGACCGUGUGAGAGACUUGAUCCAGACUGCCAGCAGGGACCAGCUGCUGUACCUGUACGCCCGCUAUAAACAGGUAAAAGUGGGAAAGUGCAAUACAUCAAAGCCUGGCUUUUUUGAUUUUGAAGGACAGAGAAAAUGGCACGCCUGGAAGCAGCUUGGAGACAUGGAUGCGGAGCAGGCAAUGCGAGAGUACAUUUCUUGUGUGAAUGUGUUGGACCCUGAAGGCAGCACAAAGGAAAUACGAGGAGCUGAAAGGAGAACAGGUUUUGGAGGAGCAGCAGUCAGCUCUCUUUACCAGGAGGAAAUGAUACGGGAAGAAGAUAAGAACAUCUUUGAUUACUGCAGAGAAAAUAACAUUGAAAACGUCAGGAAGGCCAUCAGCUCCCAGAAACUGGAUGUCAAUACUAAAGACGAAGAGCAUCAGCAUGCGAGUUUGCAGACAUCGUAGAGCUCCUCCUCGAUGCCGGAGCUGACCCGUUUAUCAAAGACAUGGAGGGCUCUCUUCCAGAGGAGGUCACUGAAUCCAGUGCCAUCUCCUCGCUUCUGCGCCAGUACACCGCGCCGAAAGGCUAGACCAAGCACCCGCACCUCCACCUAAGUCUGGUCUCUGCUCCACUCAUUGGUCCAGCUUUCCCCAUCCUCCCUUCUUCUUGGAAAAAAAUAUUCAGUUUAUAGAAAAUCCUUAAGUUUUGUUUUACUUUUAACUUUUUCAGAGCUUAUGAGUUCAAAAGCUUUGUUUUCCUAAGGUACUUUUAUUUAACAUCAAUCACCUAAUUUAAUGAAUAAAAGGGCAUUGCAUUUGGUGUUUUUUUUAUGCUGUAGUUCUGAGAAACACAAGUGAGAUUUUGUUGUACUGAUGAAACUGUUUAUUCUUUAUUUUGUGUCAAGUAUGAAAACCUUCAGUUGUAAUAUAGAAAUAAAAGUAUGAAUUUCUUCAAGUCAGAGGAUUUUAAAAUCAGUGCAAUUAAGUAUCUAGUUCUAUCAAAUUUUACUCACUUAAGGAAUCUAAAGGUGACAUUCCUACCUUCAAAAAACUGUUUGCAGUUUUUGGAAAUUCACAGUGUCCCAAAUUUUAUCAUGGUCAUAAAAUACAGCUCAACCUAACCAGCCGGUCCUCCCGGACCAUUUGUUCACAAUUCAUUUGUUACAAAACGAGGAAUGCUUUAAUCUUUU